GGCUGCGUCACGCUGACAGUCAGUGGAAGCAGACCAGGGGUUUUUCUGUAGGUCUGUGCGAGAUACAUGAAAACUGCGACUCUUUCUGGAACCAAAUACGGUUAACCAAAUAGGCAGAAAUUAGCUGGACAGGUGUGCUUGUUGCACACGUCUUCAGAAAAAUAAGCUCUGCAAAGUAGACAGACUGCCCUGCUGAGUGUUGGACCACACUGCCAAAUACAACCCUGACUUUGAUUCUCCCUCGUGGGACUGUGAUUUGCCCCUCGGUCGCUGUAGAGGGAGAGAGAGCCAUGCGUCUGCUGUGAUAAUGGAUCGCAACAGGGCAGGCAGGAACCGAAAUGAAAGACGCGGCAACUUUAACAACGUGGAGGAGCCUGAGUACGAUGUGGUGGAUGACCAGGAGCAAGUGGUUCAUGUGCGCAUACUUCCUGCAAGGUCCAUCAAUGAUGAGAGAGAGUAUGCAGACAGGGAUCUCCCGAGGUCAUCAUCGGCUCAGAGCCUCUCACUCGGCACUGAUAAAGUCAACAUCCUGCCAAGAGAAAUCCCACUUGCUUCAGCCACCGGACCUGCAAUAAACAGAGACCUGAAGCCAGGCAGAAGAAAAAUCAGAUUUGAAAAGAGGUUUUCACCUGUGCUGCCAGGUGAGCAGCGCUCUCACAGGCGAUCUCCAUCAUCUCCAACAGAGAUAGAGAAGCACUUGUCUGGGCUGACUAUACGCGAAACCUGCUGGAGAGAUGGACAGAGAGCAACUAAAAAAACUGAAUUCGGUUCACUUGCCAACGGUCUACAGCGUGCUGAAAGUGUUUCAUCCCUUCAUACCAAUCUCAAACAUUCUCUGGAAACUAAUUUUAGAGAAACAAGGACACAACAAAGUCUAGAAAGGGUGCGAUCAAAACGUCAUCACCACGAGUGGCCUCAAACUAAAGAAGACUUUGACCAACAUGACUUUGUUCCAAUGGGAAAACCUCAACAGACCUACAGUGAAGAAGAGUGGUAUGUGGGGGCUUGUUCUCGAGCCGAUGCUGAGCACGUCUUACAUCUGGUGAACAAGGACGGAGCCUUUUUGGUGCGAGACUGCUCCACCAACACCAACAGGGAGCCCUUGGUGUUGGCCGUGUAUCACAAGAAGAAGGUUUACAAUAUCAAGAUCCGGUUCGUCGAGAGCUCCGGCAAGUUCUCCCUGGGAAAGGGACAGAGAUCCAAUGAUAUAUUUGACUCUGUGCCAGACAUCAUCAAGGUUCACUCCAUCUUCCCAAUAAUACUCAUCAGCGGGAGAAGCGUGCUCAGAGGCAAAUGCCCGGAAAACUGCAUGCUGACGUGUCCCAUAACGAAAAAGGAAGUUGUCCAACUGCUGCAAUAACACGUGUUCUGCUCAAUGGUAAAAAAAGAAAAAAAAGAAAAAGAAAACAUAUCUUAGUGGACCUAAAGAUGUAUUGUCUGUUAAUUGUUAAUGAAGCAAACUGGAUUAGUAUAAUAUAUGUACUGUU